GUAUUAAAUAAAAUAAAAAUUCAUUAAAUAAAAAUAAAUAACACUAAUUAAAAGUUGUCGGUCUGGGAAACUAAUCAGUUAAAGAAUUGUUGCUGACUUUAGAAGCUCAAAUCGUUGGUCUAGUUUUGUUGUGUUUUUAAAGCUGACCCGAACCGGAAGAGUGUAAAUCAGUAGCCAUGUCUGCCCUUAUUCUGUUCGCCGGAGUUCUCGCAGGAGUUUUUAUUAUACUUCGGAAAUUUGUGUCAGGAAAGAGAUGCAAGAGCAAGAAACGGCUUCAGGGCAAAACAGUGAUCAUUACCGGCAGUAACACAGGGAUUGGAAGAGAAGCAGCUGUAGAUUUGGCCCGGAGAGGAGCUCGUGUUAUUCUGGCCUGCCGCAGUAUUGUACGUGCUGAAGGAGCCCUGGCUAUCGUCAAAAGAGAGAGCCGAAGCAAUAAUGUGGUGUUCAUGCAGCUGGAUCUGGCCAGUCAGAAGUCCAUUCGCUCCUUUGCUGAAACUUUCCUCAAAACAGAAAAAAGACUGGAUAUUCUUAUCAACAAUGCAGGGGUUUAUAUGCAGGGCACUACAGAGGAUGAUCUUGGUUUGAUGUUUGGAGUCAAUCAUAUCGGUCACUUCCUCCUGACCAAUCUCUUAUUGGACAAACUCAAAGAAUGUGGGCCAAGCAGAGUUGUUACUGUAUCCUCAAUGUGUCAUGAGUUUGGGAACCUUGACUUUAACCUACUUAUUGCUCACAAAGAAUUUGGAAAAGGCAACUCUUUGAUGGAUGUCUUCAGGAUAUACAGCAACAGUAAGCUGUGCAACGUGCUGUUCACACACGAGCUUGCAAAGAGGCUUCAAGGAACUCAGGUCACAUGCUACAGCCUCCACCCAGGGGCUAUCAAUUCCGAGUUGUCUCGCAACGUUCAGCCAGGGAUCAAGAAGUUGUUGAAAUUUGUAGGAGCCCUGUUCUUCAAAGAUGUGGAGUCAGGCACCCAGACAACUCUGUACUGUGCACUCCAGGAAGGCAUUGAAAGUCUGAGUGGUCAAUAUUUCUCCAACUGUGGAUUAAAGGAAGUUCAGGCCAAGGCUAAGGAUGAUGCAGUGGCUAAGAAGCUCUGGGAAGUGAGCGAGAAGUUGUGUGGCCUGGCAUGAAAUAAGCUCUGUACCGAAUAUUCAAAGAGCCAUAUAAUGGUUCAGAGACUUUCAUAAAUUCUGUGUGGAGAACUAUAUAGAACUGCUGAAUCUACUGUUUUUCUAUCUACUAACCCUGGCCAGAUUAUCAUUAUCCAGGGAUCAUCUAAAUGUUUUGUAUGGGGUAAAAUAAUUUGGCACACAAGUUUAAUAAAAACCUGGAUGCGAUCAUGG